UUCGGACAGCCCAGCUCCUUCCCGGCAUGCCCCGCUCGCAGGAGCCGCCCGCGAGUCCCGCGCCCGGACUUUGCCAUCGGCGGGGCCGAGCGGCCGGAGCGCCCCCGGGGAUGCGUCCUGAGGCCGCGGCCUGAGGUGGAGAAAUUAAAGCCCAGACAGGGGAAGAAACUUGCUCAAAGGCACAGAAGUAGGAUCCUGCAACGAAUACAUACUUCUCUGAGGUGCCCUUGUUCCUCAGCCGGAGUCUAAAAUUUAGCCCACGCUGGGGAUGUGACGGGGACAGAGGGAGCCCCGCAGCAGCAUGGAGACUGUGGUGAUUGUUGCGAUAGGCGUGCUGGCCACCAUCUUCCUGGCCUCGUUUGCAGCCUUGGUGAUGGUGUGCAGGCAGCGUUAUUGCCGGCCUCGAGACCUGUUGCAGCACUACGAUUCCAAGCCCAUUGUGGACCUCAUUGGCGCCAUGGAGACCCAGUCGGAGCCGUCUGAGCUAGAACUGGACGAUGUGGUCAUCACCAACCCCCACAUCGAGGCCAUCCUGGAGAACGAAGACUGGAUUGAAGAUGCCUCGGGUCUCAUGUCCCAUUGCAUUGCCAUCUUGAAGAUUUGUCACACUCUGACAGAAAAACUUGUUGCCAUGACAAUGGGCUCCGGGGCCAAGAUGAAGACCUCAGCCAGUGUCGGUGACAUCAUCGUGGUGGCCAAGCGGAUCAGCCCCAGAGUGGACGAUGUGGUGAGAUCGAUGUACCCUCCGUUGGACCCCAAGCUCCUGGAUGCCCGGACAACUGCCCUGCUCCUGUCGGUCAGUCAUCUGGUGCUGGUGACCAGGAAUGCCUGCCACCUGACCGGGGGCCUGGAUUGGAUUGACCAGUCACUGUCAGCUGCUGAGGAACACUUGGAAGUCCUUCGAGAAGCAGCCUUGGCUUCUGAGACAGACAAAGGCCUUCCAGGCCCUGAAGGUUUCCUGCAGGAGCAGUCGGCCAUUUAGUGCCUGCUGCCAUCCCCGGCUGGCUCCUCGGAUCCUCGGAGCCUUCCAUUCCCCUCCCCUUGCCCCCCGUAGUGUUAGGUGUUCUCCAAGGCUCUGGAGCUGUGUGUGCGUAGCUGGUGGCCUCUGUUGCAAUUGCCAGUGGUGGCUGGUGAGUGGCAGUCCAACACCGCAGUUACGGGAAACAACAAGUCCCCUCUGUGCAGAAGAGCUUGAGAAACUGGCGGAGCGUCUGCUUUAUUUAGCUCACCUAGUGUUUUCAGGAAAAUUGAACCAGCGUAUAAAAAUCACAAGGUUACACGUUAAAAUCAGAGUCUCUGGCCUCUCGUAGACAAUCCGAAGCUAAGGCAACUCUGACAUGCAUUUUCAGAAGACAAUCAGCUGGAACUCAGUAGGAGUUACUUCUUUCCACAGGGCUGGUGCUCCCUCGCCCGGUCUGGUUCAUUUAUUUGUAGUAUCUGCCUGGUCCCCGAGGCAUCUGGGUCCCCCCAUCCCCUUAUCAGGUUUGGCUUUGAAAGUGAACCCCUUCCCUUUUUGUCCCUGUGCCUGCAAUUCUACAUAGCUACCACUAGGAGGACAGUAAACUUACACUGAGAUUUC